UUCAAUGUGGUCCCUUUAACAACGCGGUUCACGUGGAACUCCCAGGGUUCUGUCCCUGGUUAUAAUGUGUAUGAUUCUGUCCCACGUGGUGACUUGAUGGAUCGAACCAGACUGGGAGCGACACUCGAAUCUCAACCGCCGCCGAUUUGGCUUACUAAACCGGUGGAAAAAAGUAUCCAUAAAGAUUUUGAUACGCUAGCUAGCAAAGUUGCUAACUAGCUAGAGAUAAUUUGUCAUAUGAGUCGAGUUAGUUCACUGUCUAGACUUGAUAAUUAAGACGACGCUCUCCCGGUUUAGUCCUGUUAAUGGGCAACUUUUAGGGUGACAGUUUGCGCAUAAUUUUGAAUAAUAACAAACUCUCAGAAACUGAGAUUUUUGGAAGAGCCAAGAUGUCUGGGGAACUAGAACAAAUUCUCUUACAACUCACGCAGCCUGACAAUGCGAUUAUUCAGCAGGUAAUGAUUCCUUAAUGAAUUUGGGAUUUACCCUGACAUACUUUGAUAACAAGCACCGGUAGCUAACAUUAGCUAGCUAACGAACUAACUAAGCUAACUGUUAAUGAAAAUGGACACCUGUUGCUAGCCAAAUUAUGUGACGUCACGAACCAGUGUGGCUAACGAUCACUGCUUUUCAUACACACUCUUUGUCACUUCAUAAACUUGACAGUUUGAUAACGUUUAAGCUGCCUGCCUGGCUGGCUAGCUUUCUUUAUUGCAGUCAGUAUUCACCAUAUCCAACAUGUGUUUUUCUCCCCUACAGGCCACCGCCCAGCUGAAGCUGGCUUUUAAAGACCCAGCUAUCAUCCCAGCGUUGUGUGCUGUUAUGACUGGGUCCCAGAACCCACAGGUAUGUAACUAGGCUACAUAUUAGUUACACAAAUACCUAUCAUCAGUGUGAUAGAUACAGAAAGUAUUCAUACCCCUUGACUUAUUCCAAAAGCUUGAAUUCCAAAUGGAUCAAAUUUAUUUUUUUCUCUCACCCAUCUACACACAAUAACCUAGUGAAAAUAUGUUUUUAGAAAUUUUAGCAAAUUUAUUGUAAAUAAAAUACAGACAUAUCUAAUUUACAUAAGUAUUCACACCCCUUAGUCAAUACCUUGUAGAAGCACCUUUGGCAGUGAUUACAGCUGUGAGUCUUUCUGCUUAAGUCUCUAAGAGCUUUCCACACCUGGAGUGUGCAACAUUUGCCCAUUAUUCUUUUCAAAAUUCUAUAAGCUCUAUCAAAUUGGUUGUUGAUCAUUGCUAGACAACCAUUUUCAGAUCCACCACUAUGCUUGAAAAUAUGGAGAGUGGUGUUCAGUGUUGUAUUGGAUUUGCCCCAAACAUAACACUUUGGUGGUCCUCUGUAGCUCAGCUGGUAGAGCACAGCGCUUGUAACGCCAAGGUAGUGGGUUCGAUCCCCUGGACCACCCAUAUACAAAAAUGUAUGCACGCAUGACUGUAAGUCGCUUUGGAUAAAAGCGUCAGCUAAAUGGCAUAUUAUUUUUUAUUUUUACUUUGUAUUCAGGACAAAAAGUAAAUAGCUUUGCCAAUUUAUUUUUGCAAUAUUACUUUAGUGCCUUGUUGUAAACAGGAUGCAUAUUUUAUUCUGUAGAGGCUUCCUUUUCACUCUGUCAAUUAGGUUAGUAACUACAAUGUAAAUGAAAUGUUGUUGACCCAUCCUAAGUUUUCUGCUAUCACAGUCAUUAAACUCUGUAACUGUUUUAAAGUCACCAUUUGCCUCAUUGUGAAAUCCCUGAGCAGUGUCCUUCCUCUCAGGCAACUGAGCUAGGAAUUACACCUGUAUCUUUGUAGUGACUGGCUGUAUUGAUACACCAUCCAAAUUGUAAUUAAUAACUUCACCAUGCUCAAAGGGGUAUUCAAUGUCAGCUUUUUUUUUUUUUACCCAUUUACCAGUAGGUGCCUUUCUUUGUGAGGUAUUGGAAAACCUCCCUGGUCUUUGUGUUUGAAUCGGUGUGAAAUUGCGUGUGUGGGUUACAGAGAUGAGGUAGUCAUUUCAAAAAUCUGGUUAAACACUAUUAUUGCACACGGUGAGUCCACGCAACUUAUUAUGUGACUUGCCAUAACAAAGGGGUUGAAUACUUAUUUUCUUUUUUAAUACAUUUGUAGAAAUUUUAAAAUAAAACUUAUUCCACUUUGAUAUUAUGGGGCCAGUGACAAAAACAUCUACAUUUUAUCAAUUUUAAAUUCAGGCUGUAACACAACGAAAUGUGGAAAAAGUCAAGGGGUGUUAUAAUUUUUUUAUUUAACCAGGUAAGCCAGUUGAGAACAAGUUCUCAUUUACAACUGCGACCUGGCCAAGAUAAAGCAAAGCUGUGCGAUAAAAACAACAACAACACAGAGUUACAUAUGGAAUAAACAGAAACAAAAUGUACAGUCAAUAACAAAAUAGAAAAUCUAUAUACAGUGUGUGCAAAUGUAGUAAGUUAUGGAGGUAAGGCAAUAAUAGUGCAAAAUAAUUACAAUUUAGUAUUAACACUGGAGUGAUAGAUGUGCAGAAGAUGAUGUGCAAAUAGAGAUACUGGGGUGCAAAUUAGCAAAAUAAAUAACAAUGUAAAUAACAAUAUGGGGAUGAGGUAGUUGGGUGGGCUAAUUACAGAUGGGCUGUGUACAGGUGCAGUGAUCGGUAAGCUGCUCUGACAACUGAUGCUUAAAGUUAGUGAGGGAGAUAAGUGUCUCCAGCUUCAGAGAUUUUUGCAGUUCGUUCCAGUUAUUUGCAGCAGAGAACUGGAAGGAAUGGCGGCCAAAGGAGAUGUUGGCUUUGGGGAUGACCAGUGAGAUAUACCUGCUGGAGCGCAUACUACGGGUGGGUGUUGCUAUGGUGACCAAUGAGCUAAGAUAAGGCGGGGAUUUGCCUAGAAGUGAUUUAUAGAUGACCUGGAGCCAGUGGGUUUGGCGACGAAUAUGUAGUGAGGGCCAGUCAACGAGAGCGUACAGGUCACAAUGGUGGGUAGUAUAUGGGGCUUUGGUGACAAAACGGAUGGCACUGUGAUAGACUACAUCCAAUUUGCUGAGUAGAGUGUUGGAGGCUAUUUUGUAAAUGACAUCGCCAAAGUCAAGGAUCAGUAGGAUAGUCCGUUUUACAAGGGCAUUUUUAGCAGCAUGAGUGAAGGAGGCUUUGUUGCGAAAUAGGAAGCCGAUUUGUAGAUUUAGAUUGGAGAUGCUUAAUGUGAGUCUGGAAGGAGAGUUUACGGUCUAACCAGACACCUAGGUAUUUGUAGUUGUCUACAUAUUCUAAGUCAGACCCGCCGAGAGUAGUGAUUCUAGUCGGGCGGGUGGGUGCAAGCAGCGUUAGAUUGAAGAGCAUGCAUUUAGUUUUACUAGCGUUUAAGAGCAGUUGGAGGCUACGGAAGGAGUGUUGUAUGGCAUUGAAGCUCGUUUGGAGGUUUGUUAACACAGUGUCCAAUGAAGGGCCAGAUGUAUACAAAAUGGUGUCGUCUGCGUAGAGGUGGAUCUGCGAGUCACCAGCAGCAAGAGCGACAUCAUUGAUAUAUACAGAGAAUAGAGUCGGCCCGAGAAUUGAACCCUGUGGCACCCCCAUAGAGACUGCCAGAGGUCCAGACAACAGGCCCUCCGAUUUGACACAUUGAACUCUAUCUGAGAAGUAGUUGGUGAACCAAGCGAGGCAGUCAUUUGAGAAACCAAGGCUAUUUAGUCUGCCAAUAAGAAUGCGGUGAUUGACAGAGUCAAAAGCCUUUGCCAGGUCGAUGAAGACUGCUGCACAGUACUGUCUUUUCGCGAUCGCGGUUAUUAUAUCAUUUAGGACCUUGAGCGUGGCUGAGGUGCACCCAUGACCAGCUCGGAAACCAGAUUGCAUAGCGGAGAAGGUACGGUGGGAUUCAAAAUGUUCGGUGAACUGUUUGUUAACUAGGCUUUCAAAUAGAGGACAUUGUAUUAUUUCUUUGUACUCCCUGACGAAGGUCAUGCAGCCGAAAUGCGUCAGAUAAAAAAAAAAAAACUUGUUUCUAUUGAACAUGCCAUACAAAUAAAGGCAUUUUAAUUAAUUAUAUGAAGAGUGCCUUGGUCCUCCUUUCUUUUUGAAGGCUUUCAAAUACUUUUGAAAGGCAGGGCAGGAUGGAUAUAGGUCUGUAACAGUUUGGAUCUAGAGUGUCACCCCCUUUGAAGAGGGGGAUGACCGCGGCAGCUUUCCAAUCUCUGGGGAUCUCAGACAAUACGAAAGAGAGGUUGAACAGGCUAGUAAUAGUGGUUGCGACAAUUUCGGCGGCUAAUUUUAGAAAGUGUCCAUAUUGUCUAGCCCUGCUGAUUUGUAGGGGUCCAGAUUUAGCAGCUCUUUCAGGACAUCAGCUAUCUGAAUUUGGGUGAAGGAGAAGCGGGGGGGGCGGGGGGGGGCAUGGGCAAGUUGCAGCGGAGGGUGCAGAGCUGGUGGCCAGGGUAGGGGUAGCCAGGUGGAAAGCAUGGCCAGUCGUAGCAAAAUGCUUAUUGAAAUUCUCGAUUAUCGUACAUUUAUCGGUGGUGACAGUGUUUCCUAGCCUCAGUGCAGUGGGUAGCUUGGAGGAGGUGCUCUUAUUCUCCAUGGACUUUACAGUGUCCCAAAACUGUUUGGAGUUAGUGCUACAGGAUGCAAAUUUCUGUUUGAAAAAGCUAGCCUUUGCUUUCCUAACUGAUUGUGUAUAUUGGUUCCUGACUUCCCUGAAAAGUUGCAUAUCGCGGGGGCUGUUCGAUGCUAAUGCAGUAUGCCACAGGAUGUUUUUGUGCUGGUCAAGGGCAGUCAAGUCUGGGGUGUACCAGGGGCUAUAUCUGUUCUUAGUUCUGCAUUUUUUGAAUGGGGCAUGCUUAUUUAAGAUGGAGGGGAAAGCACUUUUGAAGAACAUCCAGGCAUCCUCUACUGACGGAUUGAGGUCAAUAUAAUAAUAAUAUGCCAUUUAGCAGACACUUUUAUCCAAAGCGACUUAGUCAUGUGUGCAUACAUUUUUACGUAUGGGUGGUCCCGGGGAUCGAACCCACUACCCUGGCGUUACAAGCGCCAUACUCUACCAAUUGAGCUACAGAGGACCACCAUCCAGGAUACCCGGGCCAGGUCAAUUAGAAAGGCCUGCUCGCUGAAGUGUUUUAGGGAGCGUUUGACAGUGAUGAUGGGUGCAGGCUAUCUCUACAGUAGAUUGCAACCCCGCCCCCUUUGGCAGUUCUAUCUAGUUAAUACUUUCUGAAGGUAUAUGUGUAACCCAGGGGUUUGCCCUACUUGGUUCUAUGUGUUCUAUUUGUGCGGCUUAUCGCCGGCUCUCAUCAGUGCAUUCAUUGUUUUUCCUCUCUCCCUUCAGAUCCGCCAGUCAGCUGCAGUGAUGUUGCGGAUGAGAGUAAAGAAGCAUUGGAAGAAGAUUAGCCCUGAUCACAGAGAGAGGUUGGCUGCCCUUUGUUGUCUAAUUCCCCCACAAUCAGCCAUAUCCCAGUCUUCUAUAUUGGACUGUUGAAUGAAUUCCCACUGAGUGUUAGUUGUUAUAAUUUUCCAUUGUAUUUUUAUUUUUUUUUUUCUUGCUUCUUAGUCUGAAAGCAAUGGUACUACAAGCUUUUCAGCAGGAGACAGAGUAAGCAUCUUUUAUCCUUUACAUAAAAACACAGUCACGUAGCUUUUGAGGUGGAAAACUAGGCAUAGCCUACUAGAAUAUCAAUGGGUUAUAAUAGUUUUAUAGCUACAACCUAUCUGACCAUAACCACUAACCCAUCCAACACACCAAUUAAACUUGUUAAAUCUGAACUUGACAAUAACCCUCCUCUGUUUCCAGACACACAGUGCGCCACUCCCUCUCGCAGCUCAGUGCAGUGAUGGUCAAACACGAGACGCCAGACCGCUGGCCUGCUCUAUUCACACUCCUCAACCAGUCCACCAAGAGCAACAACCCAACGGACAGACAGGUAUCAGCUUUUAUAGAUAUAACUAAAACACAGUGAUGUGUUUGUUGUACAUGAACAGAGAGAGGUUUUUCAGUAUGUGGCUUUGAUUUGAGCUCUUGAUGGUUGCUCACUGAUUGGCCAGAAUACACAUAGAUCAAAAUAUUUUGAAUACAUUCUAAGUAUGUGGAUCUUAGGUACCCUCAGCCAAUCACUAAAUACCCCUGUCUCUCUCAGGUGGGUCUACUCUUGCUCAGCAAAGUGGUGGAGUCCAACCCAGAGCCCUUCAAGCCCCACUACCGCCAACUGCUGCAGCUGUUUGGCACCGUGCUGCAAGACCUGGACAACCCCACAGCCAUGUACUACAGCAUCCUCACCCUCACUGCUAUGACUGCCUACACUGGCACAGAGGAGAUGGUGAGGCCAGAAUCAAUCUAUUUUAUGCCUUUUUGGAGUGAACAGUAAUGUAGUCUACCAUCAUCCUUCAUUGCUGUGCUGAAAGAAAUGUCUUGUCUUUCAGAACCUCAUGCGCUCCCUCAUCCCAAGACUGAUCAUUUCUCUCAAACACCUCAUCAAGGCAGACCAGGUAGGGGAUAAUUCAAUAUGUCAGCCCCUUCUAGCACCACUGCUGUAUUGCACUGAUGAUUGCACCAGUCUUCAGGGAUGACUAUUAAAUGGAGCUUCAAACACUAUUGUCCCUUGAUUGGAGUGUUUCUAUGUCUUGACCAGGGUCAGGCCAGUGAGGCCAUGGAGGUAUUUGAUGAGCUGAUGGAGAGUGAGGUGUCCAUCAUUGUGCCACACAUUGCUGAAAUUGUCAAUUUCUGCUUGGAGGUGAGAACAGCGCUUCUAAUAAUAUUUAAGACUUUUUGCUUACAUUGCAGGGAAUGUGAUGGGUUGUCUUGUUGACAAUGAAAUGUGUGUAUGUUCGUCUCAGGUCAGUGCAGACACCACUCUGACUGACUCCCUGCGUGUAAAGGCUCUCUCCUGCAUCGCUUUUCUCAUCCGACUCAAGAGCAAGGUAAAGUCACCCAGUUAUAAAUGGAUGCCAUGGCCUACAUUCAAGCCUUUUUGCCCUUACACUGAGGUAUCAUUCAAUAGUUUAAAGUAGAUUCCUCUCCUACAUUUUACAUUCAUAUUUUAGUAACUUAUCCAGAGAGACUUACAGGAGCAAUUAGAGUUAAGUGCCUUGCUCAAGGGCACAUCAACAGAUUUUUCACCUAGUUUGCUCGCGGAUACGAACCAGCGAACCUUUCGGUUACUGGCCCAACGCUCUUAACUGCAAGGCUACCUGCCGCCCUACAUCUGCACGAACAUUAAAUAUAUGGACAGGUGAGCACAAAUUCUUAGGCGUCCCCCAUUUUGCCAUUGCCUAGCCUUGUUUUCAGGUCAAUUAAGACAAAGGAGAGAAAGCCAUUUUAGACUUUUGAGAUGCACCCCGAGUACUGUGCCCUUUUAUCCUUUUGUCAGUUAAAAUAUGUGGCGCUUGUCAGUGAUGUAUGCUGUACUCUCUCUCUCUCUGCCCCCUGCAGACGGUGCUAAAGCAGAAGCUGCUGAAUCCCAUCCUGCAGACAGUGUUCCCUGUGCUGAGUGCAGCGCCCCCACCUGGGGAGGAGGACCCAGAGGACGAGGAGAACGGCGACGAGGGCGACACCGACAACGAGAGUCCUAAACACUUUGCUGCUCAGGUUAACUUCCCUUGAGAAAUAACCACAUGCACAGAACAGAAGGGGUGUAUUUUUGUGAUGUUUUUUUGUGCCUAAAAUAGAAUCUGUUUGUCUGCAGGUUAUUGACACCAUGGCUCUUCACAUGCCCCCUGAGAAACUAUUCCAGCAGCUGGUUAGUAAACACACUCACUUGCUUCAAAUAUGAAUGCUAUAAUUUGCCUUUCAAUCAGUCACUUCAUGAUGUUCUCUCUGUGAUGCAGCGGUAUGUAGCCAUAAUUGUAUUAGGAGUAGUAGAAGUAGUAGCUGCAGUGUUUAUAACUCGCAGGCAUACUGAGUUGUACACAAAUUUCCAUGCAUAGAAGUACAAAUGGUUCUAGUAAGUAUGUCUGACCCAUGGCGUGCCCAUCAGAUGCCCCUGAUCCAGGUGUGCCUGGCCAGUGAGAACCCCUAUGAGAGGAAGGCAGGCUUGAUGUGUAUGGCAGUGCUGGCUGAGGGCUGUGCCGACCACAUACGGACCAAGUGAGUCAAUGCUGCAUUCUGAUGUCUCUUAUUCAGUAGCUCCCUGUCCAAAAACCAUUUGAUUUAAUUUGUUACAUUUGUCAAUCUCCAGUCCUUUAGUGUGUUUUGUAGCUGUAAUAAUCCAGAGGAAUGUUUUUGUCUUAUUUUCUCUCAUUCAAAUGGAAUUGUCUUUUUUCCUGCUAAUCCCACUGUCCGUCUGUCUGUGUCAGGUUGCUGUCCUCCAUGCUGCAGACGGUGUGCCAGAGUCUGUCAGACAAUAAUCAGGUAGUCCGCAGCGCCGGCCUCUUUGCCCUGGGCCAGUUCUCAGAGCACCUGCAGCCCGAGGUCAGUAAGUACUGUGCCGAGCUGAUGCCACUUCUGCUGGGCUACAUGUCGGGUCUGAACCAGGCCAAGAUCGGACACGUCACCAAGGCCUUCUACGCCCUGGAGAACUUCCUGGAAAACCUGGGUGAGGGUCCUCCCAUUCACCUCAUCCUGAUCCAUACCCAACUGUCUUGCUGUUAUUUGGUUCCAGACCUGGGUUCAGUAAAAUGUGUAUUUGUUAUUUUAAAUACUUUUUCUGUGUUUUUGAGUGUUUUCAAGUACUUUUAUUUGAAACAAAUAGUAUUUCAAAUUGUAUUUGAUUUUGUAUUAUUAUUUUACCCCUUUUUCUCGCCAAUUUCGUGGUAUCCAAUUGGUAGUUAGUCUUGUCCCAUCGCUGCAACUCCCGUACGGACUCGGGAGAGGCGAAGGUCGAGAGCAGUGCGUCCUCUGAAACACAACCCAGCCGAACCGCACUGCUUCUUGACACAAUGCCCGCUUAAUGCCAGCCGCACCAAUGUGUCGGAGGAAACACCAUACACCUGGCGAUCGUGUCAGUGUGCACUGCGCCCGGCCCGCCACAGGAGUCGCUAGUGCGCGAUGGGACAAUCCCUCCCCUAACCUGGACGACACUGGGCCAAUUGUGCGCCGCCCCAUGGGUCUCCCGGUCGCGGCCGGCUGCGACAGAGCCUGUACUCGAACCAGGAUCUCUAGUGGCACAGCUAGCACUGCGAUGCAGUGCCUUAGACCACUGCGCCACUCGAGAGAUUUGAAAGUAUUUUCAAAUAGUCUGUGUAUUUUACUGUAUUUCCAAAUACAUUCCAAUAUUCAACCCAAGUCUGUUUGGUUCUAUUCUAUACUAAUUGGAGGAUGCUACAAUGCUAAGCUGUAGCUAGGUAAACAAAUGUUGAGCCACUGACUCUCUUUUGCUCUGUAGUCUCGCACCUAGACUACUUUCAAGGUACCCAUAAUAUAAGAUGAGAUUGAAUGUCAUUUGGGGGAAGAAUCUUUUCAACCCCCUCUGUUCUGUGCUGAUGUUUUCAUUAACUGUUCCAUCCCCUAUCAGGUUUGGAGAUUGAGCCCUACCUGCCCACUCUGAUGGAGACCAUGUUGUCUGCCCUCAGCAACGCAGAGAACCUGAAGCUCAAAGAGCUGGCUGUCAGUGCCAUAGGAGCUAUAGGUAACACUGCAAGUCCUUUCAAUAGAGCAUGUUACAUCUUAAUAAUUUAGGGUGGCUUCCUCUUGUCUUCCUUCAUCCACACUUAUCUGAAAGGACAAAGUCAAAAGUAGUCCCAGUUGCUUUGAAAACUAUCUUUCAGAUCAGUGCAGAUCAGUGCAGAUGGAAGGACACAAGGAGAGGAGGCCGCUUGAGACUAUUGAGAUGCAUCAAGUGUCCAUUUUAGACAUUUUAAAAGACUGGAGCGUAUAUCACUGUAACUGUAUUAACCCUUCAUCCCUUCUCUUCCUUUCAGCCAAUGCAGCCAAAGAGAAGCUAGUUCCUUACUUCCCGCCUGUCAUUGAGAGUCUGAAGGGCUUCCUCACUGACACCAGGGAUGAGAUGAGGGCUCUGCAGACACAGGCUCUGGGUAGGCUAACUAUCUCUAAGGCUUAGUCAGUUUGAUGUGGUCAUUCAGCAGACACUUGUAGUCAAUACUAUUGACAGUUUAGAGCUGAUCUAUCAGAACCUGUCUUGCGUCAUAGAGAUCCAUUUAACCUGAGUCACGUCUAGAUGGUGAAUGGGUUUUCCUUUAUUCUGUCAGACACUCUGUCAGUGCUGGCCCGCACCAUAGGCAAGGAUGUGUUCAGCCCCCUGGCUGCCGAGUGUGUUCAGCUGGGACUCAACCUCACCAACGCCAUCGACGACCCCGACCUGCGCCGCUGCACGUAUGUAGUGGGCAUGUGUCUGAGAUGCUCACACUCUAAUAGAAGUCCUGCCAGCCUAUUGGGUUUGGCUUUCAGAGUGCAUGGCUGUUUUCUGACAUUUUGAUGACUUUGUAUUGAACCCAUCUGUUUUUCCUCCCCCUCUCUCCUUCUGUCUCUCUUUGUGUGCAGGUACAGCCUGUUCUCGGCCGUGUCCACAGUGAGUCCAGACUGUCUGAACCCCCACCUCACAGCUAUCACCACCAUCAUGCUGUUGUCCCUCAAGUCCACCGAGGGAGUCACGGUCAGUCUGACAGACACUGUGCUAUAGCGCCUAUUCACAUUCUAUUAUAUUCACGUCCUAUUCCCGUACACCACUGAGAAAUUGCUGAAAAAUAUAGUUUCCAUAUUUGGUAUUUUAUUAGGAUCCCCAUUAGCUGUUGCAAAAGCAGCAGCUACUCUUUCUGGGGUCCACGCAAAACAUGAAACAUGACAUAAUACAGAUCAUUAAUAGACAAGAACAGCUCAAGGACAGAGCUACAUACAUUUCUUUUUUAAAGGCACAUGUAGCCUACAUAUCAAUACAGUGGGGGAAAAAAGUAUUUAGUCAGCCACCAAUUGUGCAAGUUCUCCCACUUAAAAAGAUGAGAGGCCUGUAAUUUUCAUCAUAGGUACACAUCAACUAUGACAGACAAUGAGAUGUUUUUUCUCCAGAAAAUCACUUUGUAGGAUUUUUAUUGAAUUUAUUUGCAAAUUAUGGUGGAAAAUAAGUAUUUGGUCACCUACAAACAAGCAAGAUUUCUGGCUCUCACAGACCUGUAACUUCUUAUUUAAGAGGCUCCUCUGUCCUCCACUCGUUACCUGUAUUAAUGGCACCUGUUUGAACUUGUUAUCAGUAUAAAAGACACCUGUCCACAACCUCAAACAGUCACACUCCAAACUCCACUAUGACCAAGACCAAAGAGCUGUCAAAGGACACCAGAAACAAAAUUGUAGACCUGCACCAGGCUGGGAAGACUGAAUCUGCAAUAGGUAAGCAGCUUGGUUUGAAGAAAUCAACUGUGGGAGCAAUUAUUAGGAAAUGGAAGACAUACAAGACCACUGAUAAUCUCCCUCGAUCUGGGGCUCCACGCAAGAUCUCACCCCGUGGGGUCAAAAUGAUCACAAGAACGGUGAGCAAAAAUCCCAGAACCACACAUUUUUACAUUUACAUUUUAGUCAUUUAGCAGACGCUCUUAUCCAGAGCGACUUACAGUUAGUGAGUGCAUACAUUAUUUUUUUUCAUACCCCAGUGGGAAUCGAACCCGCAACCCUGGCGUUGCAAACGCCAUGCUCUACCAACUGAGCUACAUCCAUGCCGGCCAUUCCCUCCCCUACCCUAGACGACGCUGGGCCAAUUGUGCGCCGCCCCAUGGGUCUCCCGGUCACGGCCGGCUACGACAGAGCCUGGAUUCGAACCAGGAUCUCUAGUGGCACAGCUAGCACUGCGAUGCAGUGCCUUAGACCACUGCGCCACACGGGGGGACCUAGUAAAUGACCUGCAGAGAGCUGGGACCAAAGUAACAAAGCCUACCAUCAGUAACACGCUACGCCGCCAGGGACUCAAAUCCUGCAGUGCCAGACGUGUCCCCCUGCUUAAGCCAGUACAUGUCCAGGCCCGUCUGAAGUUUGCUAGAGUGCAUUUGGAUGAUCCAGAAGAGGAUUGGGAGAAUGUCAUAUGGUCAGAUGAAACCAAAAUAUAACUUUUUGGUAAAAACUCAACUCGUCGUGUUUGGAGAACAAAGAAUGCUGAGUUGCAUCCAAAGAACACCAUACCUACUGUGAAGCAUGGGGGUGGAAACAUCAUGCUUUGGGGCUGUUUUUCUGCAAAGGGACCAGGACGACUGAUCCGUGUAAAGGAAAGAAUGAAUGGGGCCAUGUAUCGUGAGAUUUUGAGUGAAAACCUCCUUCCAUCAGCAAGGGCAUUGAAGAUGAAACGUGGCUGGGUCUUUCAGCAUGACAAUGAUCCCAAACACACCGCCCGGGCAACGAAGGAGUGGCUUCGUAAGAAGCAUUUCAAGGUCCUGGAGUGGCCUAGCCAGUCUCCAGAUCUCAACCCCAUAGAAAAUCUUUGGAGGGAGUUGAAAGUCUGUGUUGCCCAGCGACAGCCCCAAAACAUCACUGCUCUAGAGGAGAUCUGCAUGGAGGAAUGGGCCAAAAUACCAGCAACAGUGUGUGAAAACCUUGUGAAGACUUACAGAAAACGUUUGACCUGUGUCAUUGCCAACAAAGGGUAUAUAACAAAGUAUUGAGAAACUUUUGUUAUUGACCAAAUACUUAUUUUCCACCAUAAUUUGCAAAUAAAUUCAUAAAAAAUCCUACAAUGUGAUUUUCUGGAGAGAAUUGUCUGUCAUAGUUGACGUGUACCUAAGAUGAAAAUUACAGGCCUCUCAUCUUUUUAAGUGGGAGAACUUGCACAAUUGGUGGCUGACUAAAUACUUUUUUCCCCCCACUGUACAAACUAUCUAGGUCAAAUAGGGUCAAAUGUUGCUUUAUCUGUUUUUUGAAACCAGGUUUGCUGUUUAUUUGAGCAAUUUGAGAUGGAACGGAGUUCCAUGCAAUAAUGGCUCUAUAUAAUACUGUACACUUUCUUGAAUUUGUUCUGGAUUUGGGGACUGUGAAAAGACCCCUGGUGGCAUGUCUGGUGGGGUAAGUGUGUGUGUCAGAGCUGUGUGUAAGUUGACUAUGCAAACAAUUUGUGAUUUUCAACACAUUAAUGUUACUUAUAAGAAGAAGUGAUGCAGUCAGUCUCUCCUCAACUCUUAGCCAAGAGAGACUGGCAUGCAUAGUAUUUAUAUCAGCCCUCUGAUUACAAUGAAGAGCAAGACACGCUGCUCUGUUUUGGGCCAGCUGCAGCUUAACUAGGUCUUUCCUUGCAGCACUGGACCACACGACUGGACAAUAAUCAAGAUAAGACAAAACUAGAGCCUGCAGAACUUGCUUUUUGGAGUGUGGUGUCAAAAAAGCAGAGCAUCUCUUUAUUACAGACUGACCUCUCCCCAUCUUUACAACCAUUGAAUCUAUAUGUUUUGACCAUGAUAGUUUACAAUCUAAGGUAAUGCCAAGUAAUUUAGUCUCCUCAACUUGUUCAACUGCCACACCAUUCAUUACCAGAUUCAGCUGAGGACUAGAAUUUAGGGAAUGAUUUGUACCAAAUACAGUGGGGGGGGGGGGGGGGGGGGAGUAUUUAGUCAGCCACCAAUUGUGCAAGUUCUCCCACUUAAAAAGAUGAGAGAGGCCUGUAAUUUUCAUCAUAGGUACACGUCAACUAUGACAGACAAAAUUAGAAUUUCUUUUCUAGAAAAUCACAUUGUAGGAUUUUUUUAUGAAUUUAUUUGCAAAUGAUGGUGGAAAAUAAGUAUUUGGUCAAUAACAAAAGUUUCUCAAUACUUUGUUAUAUACCCUUUGUUGGCAAUGACACAGGUCAAACGUUUUCUGUAAGUCUUCACAAGGUUUUCACACUGUUGCUGGUAUUUUGGCCCAUUCCUCCAUGCAGAUCUCCUCUAGAGCAGUGAUGUUUUGGGGCUGUCGCUGGGCAACACGGACUUUCAACUCCCUCCAAAGAUGUUCUAUGGGGUUGAGAUCUGGAGACUAGCUAGGCCACUCCAGGACCUUGAAAUGCUUCUUACGAAGCCACUCCUUCGUUGCCCGGGCGGUGUGUUUGGGAUCAUUGUCAUGCUGAAAGACCCAGCCACGUUUCAUCUUCAAUGCCCUUGCUGAUGGAAGGAGGUUUUCACUCAAAAUCUCACGAUACAUGGCCCCAUUCAUUCUUUCCUUUACACGGAUCAGUCGUCCUGGUCCCUUUGCAGAAAAACAGCCCCAAAGCAUGAUGUUUCCACCCCCAUGCUUCACAGUAGGUAUGGUGUUCUUUGGAUGCAACUCAGCAUUCUUUGUCCUCCAAACACGACGAGUUGAGUUUUUACCAAAAAGUUCUAUUUUGGUUUCAUCUGACCAUAUGACAUUCUACCCAAUCCUCUUCUGGAUCAUCCAAAUGCACUCUAGCAAACUUCAGACGGGCCUGGACAUGUACUGGCUUAAGCAGGGGGACAAGUCUGGCACUGCAGGAUUUGAGUCCCUGGCGGCGUAGUGUGUUACUGAUGGUAGGCUUUGUUACUUUGGUCCCAGCUCUCUGCAGGUCAUUCACUAGGUCCCCCCGUGUGGUUCUGGGAUUUUUGCUCACCGUUCUUGUGAUCAUUUCGACCCCACGGGGUGAGAUCUUGCGUGGAGCCCCAGAUCGAGGGAGAUUAUCACUGGUCUUGUAUGUCUUCCAUUUCCUAAUAAUUGCUCCCACAGUUGAUUUCUUCAAACCAAGCUGCUUACCUAUUGCAGAUUCAGUCUUCCCAGCCUGGUGCAGGUCUACAAUUUUGUUUCUGGAGUCCUUUGACAGCUCUUUGGUCUUGGCCAUAGUGGAGUUUGGAGUGUGACUGUUUGAGGUUGUGGACAGGUGUCUUUUAUACUGAUAACAAGUUCAAACAGGUGCCAUUAAUACAGGUAACGAGUUGGGGACAGAGGAGCCUCUUAAAUAAGAAGUUACAGGUCUGUGAGAGACAGAAAUCUUGCUUGUUUGUAGGUGACCAAAUACUUAUUUUCCACCAUAAUUUGCAAAUAAAUUCAUUAAAAAUCCUACAAUGUGAUUUUCUGGAUUUUUUUUCCUCAUUUUGUCUGUCAUAGUUGACGUGUACCUAUGAUGAAAAUUACAGGCCUCUCAUCUUUUUAAGUGGGAGAACUUGCCCAAUUGGUGGCUGACUAAAUACUUUUUUUCCCCACUGUACAAUGCUCUUAGUUUUAGAGAUGUUCAGGACCAGUUUAUUAGUGGACACCCAUUCCAAAACAGACUGCAACUCUUUGUUAAGGGUUUCGGUGACUUCAUUAGCUGUGGUUGCUGAUGCGUAUAUGGUUGAAUCAUCAGCAUGCAUGGACACAUGCUUUGUUUAAUGCCAGUGGCAGGUCAUUGGUAAACAUAGAAAAGAGUAGAGGUACACCACACUUUACAUGUUUGACAUUAGAGAAGCUUCCAUUAAAGAAAACUCUAUUAGAUAGGUAGCUCUGAAUCCACAAUAUGGCAGAGGUUGAAAAGCCAUAACACAUACAUUUUUUCAACAACAGGUUAUGGUCAAUAAUAUCAAAGGCUGCAUUGAAAUCUAACAGUACAGCUCCCACAAUCUUCUUAUUAUCAAUUUCUUUCAACCAAUCAUCAGUCAUUUGUGCCAGUGCAGAACAUGUUGAGUGCCCUUCGCUAUAAGCAUGUUGAAAGUCUGUUGUUCAUUUGUUUACAGAGAAAUAGCAUUGUAUUUUUCCAACAGUUUGCUAAGAGCUGGCAGCAAGCUUAUAGGUCUACUGUUAGAACCAGUAAAGGCCGCUUUACCAUUCUUGGGUAGCGGAAUUACUUUGGCUUCCUUCAUUUUUCCACCUCUCCCACACUAACUUUAAAAAAAAUUCAAACUUGCAAUGCUUUUCAUUCAUUAUUUGUUUUUUUUAAUGCAUGAAUACGAUGGCUCACUGUUCAUUGUUAGCAUUUCCUGCCUAAGUUUGCCCACUUUGCCAAUGAAAUAAUCAUUAAAAUAAUUGGCAACAUCAAAUGGUUUUGUGAUGAAUAAGCCAUCUGAUUCGAUGAAAGAUGGAGUUUAAUUUGUCUUUCUACCCAUAAUUUCAUUUAAAGUACUCCAAAGUUUUUUUCCAUCAUUCUUUAUAUCAUUGAUCUUGGCUUCAUAAUACAGUUUCUACUUCUUUUUGUUGAGUUUAGUCACAUAAUUUCUCAAUUUACAGUAAGUCAACCAGCCAGACUUAUUAGCCACUCCUUUUGCCCCAUCGCUUUCAACUAUACAAUUGUUCAAUUCCUCAUCAAUCCAUGGAGCCUUAACAGUUCUAACAGUCAGUUUCCUAACAUGUGCAUGUUUAUCAAUAAUUGGUAGAAGCAAUUUCAUAAAUUCAUCAAGUGCAGCAUCUGGAUGCUCCUUAUUAAUCACAUCAGACCAACAAAUAUAUUAUAUACACUACCAGUCAAAAGUUUGGACACCUACUCAUUCCAGGGUUUUUCUUUACUUGUACUAUUUUCUACAUUGUAGAAUAAUAGUGAAGACAUCAAAACUAUGAAAUGACACACAUGGAAUCAUGUAGUAACCAAAAAAGUGUUAAACAAAUCAAAAUAUAUGUCAUAUUAGAGAUUCUUCAAAUAGCCACCCUUUGCCUUGAUGACCGCUUUGCACACUCUUGGCAUCUCUCAACCAGCUUCACUUGGAAUGCUUUUCCAACAGUCUUGAAGGAGUUCCCACAUGCUGAGCACUUGUUGGCUGCUUUUCCUUCACUCUGCCGUCCGACUCAUCCCUAACCAUCUCAAUUGGGUUGAGGUCUGGGGUUUGUGGAGGCCAGGUCAUCUGAUGCAGUACUCCAUCACUCUCCUUCUUGGUAAACUAGCCCUUACACAGCCUGGAGGUGUGUUGGGUCAUUGUCCUGUUGAAAAACAAAUGAUAGUCCCACUAAGCCCAAACCAGAUGGGAUGACAUUUACAUUUACAUUUACAUUUUCGUCAUUUAGCAGACGCUCUUAUCCAGAGCGACUUACAAAUUGACCUAUCGCUGCAGAAGGCUGUGGGAGCCAUACUUGUUAAGUGUGCCUUGAAUUCUAAAUAAAUCACAGACCGUGUCACCAGCAAAGCACAACCCACACCAUAACACCUCCUCCAUGCUUUACGGUGGGAACUACACAUGCAGAGAUCAUCCGUUCACCCACACCGCAUCUCACAAAGAAACGGCGGUUGGAACCAAAAAUCUCCAAUUUGGACUCCAGACCAAAGGACAAAUUUCCACCAGUCUAAUGUCCAUUGCUUGUGUUUCUUGGCCCAAGCAAGUCUCUUCUUCUUAUUGGUGUCCUUUAGUAGUGGUUUCUUUGCGGCAAUUCGACCAUGACGGCCUGAUUCACACAGUCUCCUCUGAACAGUUGAUGUUGAGAUGUGUCGGUUACUUGAACUCUGAAGCAUUUAUUUGGGCUGCAAUUUCUGAGGUCUGUAACUCAGCAGAGGUAACUCUGGGUCUUCCAUUCCUGUGGCGGUCCUCAUGAGAGCCAGUUUCAUCAUAGCGCUUGAUGGUUUUUGCGACUGCACUUGAAGAAACUUUAAAAGUUCUUGAAAUUUUCACUAUUGACUGAAACUGUCGUUUCUCUUUGCUUAUUUGAGCUGUUCUUGCCAUAAUAUGGACUUGGUCUUAUACCAAAUAGGGCUAUCCUGUGUAUACCCCCCUACCUUGUCACAACACAACUAAUUGGCUCAAACGCAUUAAGAAGGACUUUUUUAAGAAGGCACACUUGUUAAUUGAAAUGCAUUCCAGGUGACUACCUCAUGAAGCUGGUUGAGAGAAUGCGAGUGUGCAAAGCUGUUAUCAAGGCUAUUUGAAGAAUCUCAAAUAUAAAAUAUAUUUAGAUUUGUUGAACACGUUUUUGGUUACUAUAUGAUUCCAUAUGUGUUAUUUCAUAGUUUUGAUAUCUUCACUAUUAUUCUACAAUGUAGAAAAUAGGAAAAAUAAAGAAAAACCCUUGAAUGAGUAGGUGUGUCCAAACUUUUGACUGGUAGUGUAUAUUUUAUUCAUCCUUAGGCUCACCUUGAGGAGGACAAGGCGUUUGUCCUGCUGGAUGACGAUGAUGAUGAUGACGACGCUGAGGGAGAUGCCAUUUUGGAUGACGAGGGGACCGACACCGCCGGGUACUUGUCUCAUCUGAUUAUCUUACAUUUUAUGACCUUUUUAUGGGUUUUUUUUACGGCAGGAGUAAGGACACAAAGCAGCCUUCAAAGCAGCUGACAUAAAAGUUGUCAAUUAAAUCAAAUGGAAGCCAUUUUGUUUGUCAGCCUUGUGCCUACAGAGCUAGAUGGAUGGGGAUUCCCUCUGUCCUUCUCCAUUUGAAUCUCUGUGCUCUCUCCAUUCCCCAGGUUCAGUGUGGAAAAUGCCUACAUUGACGAGAAGGAGGACGCCUGUGACGCUCUGGGAGAGAUUGCCUUCAACACCGGGUAAAGACUCAAGAGCAUACAGAUAUUUUGAGUGUUGUAUGUCACAGACUAUCUGGGUUCUAUAUUCAUUCAGCAUUGCAUGGUAUCUGCAGCUAGCCACUACUCCGGUUGGCCUCUCUGUGCCUAGAGUCCUGAUAUAUGUCGAUACAAUCAUUUCACUCCUCAGCAACUUUUCCUCAUUUAACUUCCACUGUCUUCCAGUAUGCAAAUGUUCGUGUUGUCCCUACACAGUCACUGAUGUCUCCUUAUCCUUUUCACCCCUUCAGUGCUGCCUUCCAGCCCUUCCUGGAGUCCAGCUUUCAGCAGGUCUAUGAGCUGCGUGAUGUAAGUACUGUAGCACUGCUCAUCUAUCCCCCUCUCCCUCUGUGUAAUGGCUAGUUUGUAUGUUGGUUAGUGUUGUCUAUCUCUGACCAUGCGUUCCGUCCUCCCCUCAGUUCCCCCACGAGGACGUACGCAGGGCUGCCUUCGGGGCCAUGGGCCAGUUCUGCCGAGCUCAACACAAAGUGUGGCAGGAGAAUCCCACUGAGACCAACCACCAGGGUAACUCGCGCUCGCUCAACCUCUACCUCAUCAGAGCUUUGUCUCUUUGAAUUUCUAUUGUAGAGUUUUUCAAAGAUGAUUGUUAAAUGUAUCAAAUUAGAUAAUAAUUUAGACAUUCAUUCUGGGAAUUAGCCAGGCUUGUCUAAAACUUAAAACAAAAUUAAGCUUCCUUCCCUCCAUCCGUACCUCAGCCCUGCAGAAGCUUCUGGGGGUGGUGCUUCCCAGCUUCUUGGAGGCGGUGCGCAGUGAGCGUGAGCGCCAGGUAGUGAUGGGUGUGCUAGAGGCCAUGAACGCUGUGCUGAAGGCCUGCCAGGGGGAGGCGCUGCAGAGCCCCGGGCGCCUGCAGGAGAUCAGUCAGGCCAUCCGAGACGUGCUCAAGAAGAGGGUGAGCUGACACAAACCAAGCUGAGCUGGGCCUGAGUGCUCUUCAGACAGGAUUUCCCCCAUUUAUUCAUUUAGGAUAUCUGAUAUCAGGAUAUGUGUUAGUGUGGACGUAGCUCUUUCCACUCACAGCCCCUGUCAUCCCAUAAACGGGUUGAAAAUGGCCGAUUUUGUCAUUGAUAAGUGCCUAAAUCGGAACCCAGUGGCUGUACAGUAACAUGGUAUAGAUGACGUCAGCGCUGCGCGCGACAAGAAGAUGCCCCCGUCCCUCCCGCUAAUUGGGAUACUUUUGUCUGAGUGAUGGAAAUGCUGAAAAUUGAGAGGAGUCGGUGUUCUGAAAAAUGAAACGUUGAGAAUUAUAAUAAAUAGUGCUUCGAUGUCAUACAAGCAAUCCACGAGUCCAAAUGUGCACAUCACAUUUCCGUAUUUGACAAUGUAAUUUACAUGAUCAACAUUUAUGAUUGCUAUGUUUGAUCCACAGUUACAAGGAUGACAUGCGUUAUACCCUGGGAUGUCCUGAACAGAAUGAGCUUAUGUUUGUCGUAUUGUGAAGAACAUUUGCCUCGGAGCACGCACUUGAAUGCACUCAUGAGUCCAAUUUGUUUGUCAGAAGUGCCUUUUGAAAGCCUAACACUGAGAUCAUAUUUUAUAACUAAGCUAGCCAUGUUGGCAAUAGAAUAAGCUUUAAAAUUAUGCUUACCUGACACAGAUUGAAAAACAACCUAGCUUGUGAACAUAACAAUGUAAAUGGCCAAGUAAACACAACGACAGUCUCAAUUCAAUAGACUUAAGUUUCAAGCAAAUUAGACCAACUUCUAUGCCUGUGCGCUUCGAAAAAUGAAUUUGUCACUCAGCUCUUCAUGUGCUUCAUGACAGCCCCCAGCCAGGCAGUGUUGCAGCGCGAGGCAGAAAUACUUUGAAAACCGCUACUGCAGCAUUUAUUUUGCUAUAAAUGUGAUCAUACUUGACUUUUUAUUCACAAGUGCAAGUGAAAGGCUCGCAAUGUGGAGCCCUGACCACCCGCCAACGUGGCUGGUGAAAUAUACACCAAUGCCAAAAUCUAUCUGCAUUUGGUGGGUGGCGGGUGUUAAUUUUAGGCCCUGAUUACGUGAACAACAGUAAUUGUGUAAUGGUGGGGACGCAGGGCUACGUUCCAAACAGAAAACUACAAGCAUGCUCGCUUCAGUUCCUCAAUGGCAAAGCUAGGAGCGCUCAAAAGAGCACCUUAUAAUUUAGUUGAAGGCUCUUUCCUUGAGUCAUGAAAGUGCAAUCAAAUUACUUAAGAACUGUGCACAGUUUGGAGAGGUGUAGGCACUUGGAGACACCAAUUAGACCUCUCAACUCAAACCCUUGUAAUAGUUUUUUCUUAUCUUGCACAUACUCCAAAAUGUCAAUGAAUAUUCUGUUACUGCAUGUAUCCAGAGUGCAGUAAAUGUAAAAUGCGCAUAAAAUCAAACAUGUAAUGUUUAGAUUCAGUCUUGUCAGGUUUAACUCUUGUCUUCACCUUUUGGUCUGAUAAUUUCCCUGUAAUCUCAAGUGUUCUCUUCCAACUGCUACCAUAGUCAUGCAUAUGCUUUUUACAGUUCUUCUGUUAAAACAUUUCAAUUUGGCCCUAUCCAUAUUGGCCAAUUCCCACAAAUGUAAGGGGUUAAAGGGUGUCCUAGCAUAACAUUUCUUUGACCCUCCCCUUACCCUGUCGGUCUACAGACUGUCUGUCAGGACGGAGGAGGAGAUGAGGCAGAAGAUGAUGAGCAGCAGGUGGGAGUUCCUCUUUUUCUUUUCUCACACUGUCCAGUACUGGCAGGAUUGGAUGUACUUCCAAGUGUAUGGUACAAAUGAUAUGAUCAUUGUGUGUGUGUGUGUGUGUGUGUUCUAGGCGGAGUAUGACGCCAUGCUCCAGGAGUUUGCCGGUGAGGGGAUCCCUCUGCUGGCCUCUGCCGUCCCAGCGGACACCUUCCAGCCCUAUCUCAAUGAGCUUCUGCCCCUCAUCAUGAACAAGGCUGUGAGUCAAACUCCCACUAGACCCUUAGCAUCGGGUUAAAAUAACCCAAGUCAUUUACUCCAGUUGAUAAUCUAACAAUAUAGAAAUAGACCUGAUUCCUAAUUUAUUUUGUGUUGAAAUUGUACUAUUUCCUCCGUUUUUUAUUUUUUUUAUUUAGCGAAAAAUGUCAGCGUAAGUACAAAAGCAUAAGAAAGGAUAAACUUUUUAGUUCGAUAUGUAUUGAAUGAGGAUGGAUCUGUUCCUCUUCCUCUGUAGAAAUCGUCGUGCACGGUGGCUGACCGUUCCUUCUCCGUGGGCACGCUCGGAGAGAUCCUGCAAUCCCUGGUCAAUGUGUCUGGGGGAAGGGCCUGUGCUGGUAAACUGUCCAAUCGGCUGCUGCCUGUGCUGGUGGCCGGGGUGAGAGACAGCGACAGCGAGGUUCGCAACAACAGCGUGUUUGGACUGGGAGCUCUAGCCCAAGCUGCUGGACCACUGGUCGCUCAGUAUCCCUCUCAAUAAUGGUUGUGUGUGUCUAUAUGCUCUCUAUAUGUAUGUGUGUGAUUGUGUUUGAGCAUUGUUAAAGACAUGCUCCGGUACUUUGGCGACUAAGAACUACUGGCUAAAAAGUAUACAAAAUACAGGAGAAUCUCUUUAACUCAAUGCUAUGGUUCACAUGAGUAGCUAGGCACAUUGACCAGCACUGACCAUAUUAUUUAGAUUAUAUUACUGUGGUACUGACUUUCCCAGUAGGCCAGGGUCUUUUCCUCAACUCCUGUCCCUCCCAGAGACUACCCCAUGAUGCUGUCCCUCUUCUCCAACCUGCUGUCCAAAGAACAGGACAGGAGGGUAAUUGACAACCUGUGUGCUGCCCUCUGCAGGAUGAUCAUGAGCAACAUGGAGGGUGUUCCUCUGGAACAGGUACUGUCUGUGCAUUUUCAUGCAUGGGAUUUUAUGCCGGUUCAAUGCCUAACUCGAGGUGUUUGCAUGACUCUGGAAGAUUUGUGUGCAACUUUGAAUUGCUCUGAUGAUAGGAUUUGGGUCCGCUGAGAAUAUCUGUGACCUGUGUCUAUGGCCUUGUCUCCAAUUCUUCAAUGUCCCAAAUGCUGUAUAUUAGAUUUACAAUGUGAGUGUGCCACAGGCUUAUUGACAGACGCAUGAGUUGAAAAGCUGAGUGUCCUCAGUGAUGCUGACAUGGAUAACUCCUCUUAUCUCUGUCCUAGGUGUUCCCUGCCCUCCUGGCCUGCCUCCCUCUGAAGGAGGACAUGGAGGAGAAUAAGACUGUGUACAGCUGCCUGGCCAUGCUCUACUCACAGAACCCUGCAAUGGUAUGUUCCCACUCAUUUAUUUUGCCUGUUUGGCUUUCUUAAACUGAUCAUGUCAUAUGAUACUUUAUUGUCCAUUUCCAUGGUAAUACGCACAGAUCUAGAAUUUAUAUCUAAUUGUGUAAUUCCACAAUGUUGGCUAGUAACUGUCAACUACUCAUCUGUAUUUUAGUAGUAAUAAGUGUUGUCUCCUUAGGUGGUGAGUCAAAUUAAGCCAAUAGUAUCUGCUUCUAGCCAUGUCCUGGGAACGAAGGACCUUGAUGCAGGUAAGAGAACCUUAAAUCGUGACAGGUUUCCUUUCCUCUUCAUGUAGCUAUGUUGUCGUAUGUAGAUAUGAAACGUUAUGACAAUGUUGGUCAUCCAGAAACCCAGAACACCCUGGUCAUGCUGCUCCGAGACGUCGCUCAGCGCCACUCCCAGGCAUUUGAGGGCGCCGUGAGGUCACUUCCUGCUGAGCAGAAGAUGAAGCUGACUGCAGCCGUCAGCCAAUCGUAACACACCACACCAAGCAACUCUUCCACUCCACGCCAGUGAUUUUUUAUUUUUUAUUUUUAUUUUUUAUAACUACAGAUGACAAAUGGGACCGUAGUUGGGACAUUCAAAUUGGCCAAACUCCUGCAAACUACGGCACUUGAACCAUUCUAUUAUUAGUAUUCUAUUAUUAUUCAGAGGUUAUGUUCCCAGUAUUAACUUUUUUAUUUAUACUGUCUGUUUUUAUUAUUUUAAUGAGAUUUCAUUUUGUGUGCAUCACCUGUAUGUCGUUGGGUUCUUUUUUUUAGUCUGCUACUUGCUACCCUUGUUGUACCUGAGAGCCUCUUAUCUAUUUGCUGCUGUCCCCCUUUUGCCACAAAUUUAAUGAACUUCUGGCUAG